CAUAGAUAUCACUUGACUCUUUCUGCUGUUUAGCAAGUUGACUGCAUCAAUAGUUUUCUUGCAACCAUUUACAAGAACUAUUUAUUUUGUCGUAUAAUAAUUUUAACUUGAUUUAAAAAUCGCUUUGAUGACAAAAAUGCCACUUGAUCAAAUUAAGCUGGUGUCGUUGACCUGCAAAUAUGCUGCAUGCUCUCAACUGUCUAACGUUGCUUUCUUGUUGGCGAGUUAAUUUUAGAGGGCAGUGCUACAAGCCAGCUUGCCGAUUACUUAUACUACUUGCAUCAUUAAAUUGAUCCAUUUACAAGCAAAGAUUAAUCGUAUGAACAAUACAAAUGUAGUUUUGUAACAGCCAACAUAUUGAGAGCUUAGUAAGGAUCCAUUGAAAAGCUAAAAGGUGAAAUAAUUAUAAAUGGUAACGGAAGGAAGUUGGGGUUGAACAAUUGAAAAGAAACGUCUGUUUAAAAUACACCAAAUGAAAAACAAAUUAGCUGGUUUCCUUGCAAGUGUAGAUCAGGGUUGCAAGUGCAAUAAGAAACCGAGGUUCCGGAAUUGAACAAGAAGAGUAAAGGGGAAAGAAUAAAUAGGUGGAUAGAUAGGGAGGCAGCAGCAGCAACUCGCACAGAUCAAUAGGCCCUCUCUCUUCCUGCCCCUCUUCCUCUCACCCUCCCUCCCUCCCAUCCUUCCUCCCUCCUCGGGUGGGAGGGCGGCUGCUGGUGCUGGCAAUUCGAGCUUGCGCGGAGCAAGUGCAGGUUGUCUCCAGCCGCAGCAGCAGCAGCAGCAGCAGCAGCAUUGCGCGCUAGACUCGAGAGUGGCUGCUGCCAGCUGUCCGUACCGAACUGUAUAUCUCGCGCGGCGCAGUGCGCGCCGAGUGGUCUCGCAAGAUUAGCCCCGAGGCUUGUCGAGCGCCAACCGCGCCGCCGCCCGGCCACAAGAUCACGAGCGUAAUCGUCCUCGCUGCCUGUGGGCCUCGUCGUCGACUCGACAGUCCUCCGCUAAAACCACCCACCCACCGACCCAGGAGUAGACACCUCCGCAAAUCACGACUUAUGCGUCUUCACAGCACGGCACCAGAAAUAUCCAGGAUAUCAUCCCGAGGGAAAGGACCGGUGCACAAUACAGGAGGUGGUGGCGGCGGCGGUUGCAGUAGCAGGUCGUCAUCGUUUCGGUGCAUCAGUAGCCUUGCCGAGUCAGCAGCAGCGGCCGGACGGUCGAGGACGACGAGCACGACGAACGAGGGUUUGUGCGAGGAGCGACUAGCCGGCCUAGGCGGACACUGCCCAACCCCGAGAGCGCGCACCCGUGUGUCAGCAGGCCUGCCGCGCCGCUACUUCCUCGCGUCCCGUAGCAGAGCACAGGCAGCGUGUAUGAUCAUUGACGACCGAGUGGCCCAGCUGCAGUCCAGCAGGUCAGCCAGGCAGAAGACGAGCAGCAGUCGCAGCAAGCAGCAGCGCAGCGAGCUUGCAGCCGGCCGCCGACUCAGCCGGCAGCUGCUGCCCACCUCCAGGUUCCACUCCUCCAACAGCCAUCGCAAGCUGCAGCCUUUCCGGGAGACGUGACUC